GUUAUAUAGACUUUAAGUUCUGCACUUGAGAUUUUAUACUAACAUGUCAGGUAUUUGUAGCUUGUAAACAAAACGCAAACUAGAUUCCCAUUGUCUCUGGCAAGGGAAUUCGAAUGGGUGGCAUUGUUGUCAGGCUAUUAAAUUUCAUCUCCGCUAGAAGGAUAUUCUUAUCAGGAGCCAGGAUUUGGAAGAGCAUGACACCUGGUAAUGUGUAACACUUUAAAGCAUAACCUGUGACCAUGACGACUGAAGCUGGCCCAGAGACUGAAGUAAAGAAGGAAUCUGAGCAGCUAGGGGCAGAUGCAGCCAAGGAAACACACGAGGAAGCAACAGAGAGUCAGGAAAAUCAAAAGUCGGAAAAGACACUCUCUGAAGAGGCACAAAGUUCUUCUUCCCCAGCACUAGCUACUCAAAGCAGCCCAAGUAGUCAGAAGAAGGAAAAAGAUCCAUCUGAAGGCAAGGGAAUCUCUCGCUUUAUCCCCCCAUGGCUUAAGAAACAAAAAUCAUAUACCUUGGUGGAGCCCAAAGAUGAAGCCAAGAAAAAACCUGUAGAGGAAACACCGGUAGUGGAGGAGAGGGAAAGUCAACUUCCAGAGGAUAUGGCUCAGCCAAAGGGAAACUUGGAAGAAGCAACAAUUGAGAGCCAACAGGAGGCUAAAGCAGAUGACAAGGAGGAGGAGGAGAAGCAUUCUAUGAGCAGUGCUGACACACAGCCUGCUAAAGAAGACACUAAAGAGAUUGAAGUAGAGAAAGUUGCCAAUGAGCAAGAAGAAAAACAAAAAGUAGAAGAAAAGAGGGAGUCCAAAGAGGUACAAACAACUGAAAUCAAAAUGGAGAAAGUGCCUCAGAAAGCUCCCAAGAAGAUUAAAACUGUGCCGUGCAAAGUGAUGCUCCUGGAUGGCACCGAAUACAGCUGUGACCUAGAGAAAAGAGCUAAAGGCCAGGUGCUAUUUGACAAGGUGUGCGAACAGCUCAAUUUACUGGAAAAGGACUAUUUUGGCCUGUUGCUUCGAGAUAACUCAGAUCAGAAGAACUGGUUAGAUUCUUCAAAGGAAAUCAAGAGGCAAAUUCGAAGUUUACCCUGGCUAUUCACCUUUAAUGUGAAGUUUUAUCCUCCUGAUCCUUCACAGUUGACUGAAGACAUUACCAGAUAUUUCCUAUGCCUACAGCUUCGUCAGGAUAUUGCUUCUGGCCGACUGCCAUGUUCUUUUGUGACUCAUGCCCUCCUUGGUUCAUAUACUCUGCAGGCCGAGCUAGGAGACUAUGAUUCAGAGGAGCACCAUAACCAUUACAUCAGCGAAUUCCAAUUUGCACCCAAUCAAACAAAAGAGAUGGAGGAGAAAGUAGUAGAACUGCACAAAACACACAGGGGUUUGACUCCAGCACAGGCAGAUUCUCAUUUCUUAGAAAAUGCCAAGAGGCUUUCCAUGUAUGGAGUGGACUUGCAUCAUGCCAAGGAUUCUGAAGGUGUGGACAUCAUGCUGGGUGUAUGUGCUAAUGGGCUACUCAUUUACAAGGAUAGACUCCGAAUCAACCGUUUUGCUUGGCCCAAAAUUUUGAAAAUCUCUUAUAAACGCAGUAACUUCUACAUCAAAGUCAGGCCAGCAGAGCUGGAACAGUUUGAAAGCACCAUUGGGUUCAAAUUGCCAAACCAUCGGGCUGCUAAAAGGUUAUGGAAGGUUUGUGUGGAGCACCAUACUUUCUACAGACUUGUAUCACCAGAACAGCCUCCUAAGGCAAAAUUUCUGACCUUGGGUUCCAAGUUCCGCUACAGUGGCCGUACUCAAGCACAGACACGGCAGGCUAGCAACCUUAUAGACAGACCAGCUCCGUACUUUGAGCGCACCUCAAGCAAACGUGUCUCCAGGAGUCUUGAUGGGGCUCCUGUGGGUAUCACAGACCAAAGUCUGCUAAGGGAUUUUUCUGCUACCACAGUGGGACCUGCUGGUGUUAUGGUCUUUGACGGUGAAGCUGUUGGCCAGACCAAGUUAAAAAACGGCGAAGGUAGAGAUGAGGAUGGAAGCCCAACUAAAAUUCCCCAACUGGAAUUAACCCAGGAUGAAAAGUCCCUUCACAUGUAUCCACCAUCACCACCCCUUCACUGUGUUUCAUCCUGUCCCACAAACCUGCCAACUAUCCCUGAGAUGGACAUGCUUUUGGACAUUUCAGAGGAAGAUCCCUUUCAGGAAUAUGUCCAUAGCCUCUCAGACUGCUGGGAAUGCAGUCCCAUGAGAGUAAUACCAACUCACAGUGGAAAUGAAGAGACCUUGCCUAAUAAUAUCUUGCAGCCUAUGAGACCCCCAGUUAGUCACCAUUCUUCUCCUGCAAUGGAGGGAAAGCCCCAUAAAAUAGUUGACUACAAAGAUACUGAGUUUAGUUUUUCAUUAAGCUUUAGCAAACUCUUUGCUUCUAAUUUCCUUUCACUGCUUGAUGAGGACGGUUACAUCAGUUUUCCUAGCCUCCCUGAGGUUUGCAUCUCCUACCUCCCACCUGGUCUUCAACACUAUGUUCCUAUCACCUCUCCCUCAUUCAUUCCCUCUUUUCUCCUUAUCUUUGUGCUGCUUCUCUCUGCUUUUCAGUCUGUUCCUUUCUCACUCACAUUUUCCCUUCCUCUCGCUCUGUCCCUCUGCUACCUGGAGCCUAAGGCGACUUCAUUGAGCGCCUCUUAUGACAAUGACCUGAAUGACAAAGCAGAGGAAGAGGAGGUGGAGGAAGACCAAAGUGGCUUAAUAAUUUCAGCAGCGUCUGUGGCCGAAACAAUAAAGGUGGAAACCGGAGAGGAGGAAACGCAGCAGCAGGACCUGGAUAAGACCCAGGACGACUUACUGAAACAUCAGGCUAGCAUUAGUGAACUCAAGCGCAAUUUCAUGGAAUCCACACCUGAGCCACGCCCCAAUGAAUGGGAAAAGCGGCGUAUCACACCUCUGUCUCUACAGACACAAGGGAGCCUAGAAGAGGAAAUAACGUCAAUUUUAUUUAGUAAAGAGGGCUUUUCCACUAGCAUGAAAUCUACCUUCACUUCAUCCACCGCAUGGACAGCAGAGGGCACUGUUGUGAAAGAUAAUGUACCUUCUGAAAUGCUUUCUGCCUCACCCUUCUUACAACUGCCUGAGAAACUUCCUUCCAGAGCAGAAGGGCCUUGCACUGGAGCCAGCGAUGCUGAUAAGAGUUCACAUGAGACUCUGAACGUAGUGGAAGAGAAGAAACAGGCAGAGGUGGGGAUAGAAGAGACUGUAGUCAUAGACGAAAUCAACAGAGGGAAAAUGCAAGCUGUCACUGAUGCUGGGGAGACCCGUAAGGUGGAACAUGUGUCAAAAAAGGACUCUUCUUCAUUGUCAUCAGAUAGCAGCAGCAGCAGCAGCAGUAGUGAGAGUGAGGAUGAAGUGGUGGGAGAGUAUCAGCCCCAUCACAGGGCGGCUGAGGACACCAUAAGGGAAGAACAAGAAGAAAAUGAAGAUGCCAAAAGAAUGGAGGAGUGUGCAACAAAAAUAAUACAGAGUGUGGAAACUGUACAAGAAGGCAGUAAAGUAACAGUUGAGCACACGCAAGUUACAGCAAAGGCUUUGGCCCAGGAAAAUGUAGUUGCCAUUAAAACUGCAGAGACGAAUGUAAUGGAAGAGGGGAAGCAAGACCUGAGAGCAGAAGAUGAGGAAGAACAGCUCAGAAUAAACGGAGAUGUGUCUCAUGUUGACAUUGAUGUUGUGCCAAAAAUAAUUUGUUGUUCUGAGCCUCCGGUAGUAAAGACCGAGAUGGUGACCAUUUCAGAUGCCACACAGAGAACAGAAAUCUCCACCAAGGAAGUCCCAAUUGUUCAAACAGAGACCAAAACUAUCACAUAUGAAUCUCCACAGUUUGAUGGCAGCGCAGGUGGUGAUGCUGGUGUGCUGUUGAGUGCACAGACUAUAACAUCUGAAUCAGUUUCUACAACUACAACCACACACAUCACUAAGACAGUAAAAGGUGGAGUAUCAGAAACAAGGAUUGAGAAGCGCAUUGUCAUCACUGGAGAUGCAGAUAUUGACCAUGACCAGGCACUGGCACAGGCAAUCAAAGAAGCCAAAGAGCAGCACCCUGACAUGUCUGUCACGAGGGUAGUGGUGCAUAAAGAAACUGAACUUGCUGAGGAAGGGGAGGAGUAAGGUCAAG